GCCUGCUCUUUGUUUUUUGUUUUUUUGUUUUUUUUCACUUUUUGAUUUUUAUUUCCAUGCAUAAAGCGGCGGAGUCGCGGCGCGGCUGUGAACCGAAGCCCUGCUGGUUUAAUCUGAUGUGUUAAUCUGAUGGAUGAUGGAGCGGACAUGGCGCAAACUGCUGCUCCUCCUCGGCGCGGCGCUGAACCUCCUCCGGCCGUGCGGGGCGGAGCGGGCCUCCUGCGACGGAGCGUUUGAUAUUUAUUUUGUUCUCGACAGGUCGGGCAGCGUGGCGGAGCACUGGGGGGAGAUCUACGGCUUCGUGGAGCAGCUCACCUACAGGUUUGUCAGUCCAAAGAUGAGGGUGUCCUACGUGGUGUUUUCCUCCAGGGCAGCAGUGAUACUGCCGCUGACAGGGGACAGGUCUGAGGUCGACGACGGUCUGAAACAGCUCAGCCAGAUCAGACCCGCAGGUGAAACCUACAUGCACGAAGGCAUGAAAGCGGUGUUGGAACAGAUGACGGCUCAAACCUCGAGGUCGUCCACCAUCAUCAUCGCUCUGACCGACGGCAAGCUGGAGGUCUACCCGUAUGAGCUGACUGUGCAGGAGGCCGACAAAGCCAGAGGAUACGGAGCCAGAGUUUACUGCGUGGGGGUGAUGGGCUUCGACCACAAGCAGCUCGUUGACAUCGCAGACAGCCCGGACCAAGUGUUUCCCGUGUUGUCCGGCUUCCACGCUCUCAAGGACAUCGUUGACUCGAUCCUGAAGCAGUCGUGCACCGAAAUAUUUCAAAUAGAGCCGUCGAGCGUUUGUGUGAAUGAGUCCUUCAACAUCGUGUUGAGGGGCAGCGGCUUCAGCGGCUCCAAGAGGACCGAAGGCGUCCUCUGCUCCCUCACUGUGGACCACAAGACGUACAACCAGAAGCCGACGGUGGUUCAGGAUGGCUACCUGCUGUGUCCAGCUCCUGUCCUGUACGAGGUCGGACAAUCAAUCGAUGUGCUGAUCAGCCUGAACAACGGGCAGUCCUACAUCUCCAGUCCCAUCACCAUCUACGCCACGACGUGUUCAGAUGGCACCUGGGUGCUGUGGUUGCUGCUGGCCCUGCUGCUGUUGCUGGCUCUCGGUCUCCUCUGGUGGUUCUGGCCUCUCUGCUGCACUGUGGUGAUUAGAGACCCUCCUCCCUCUCGACCUCCUCCUCCUCCUCCUCCUCGCUGUGAGCCGGAGGAGGAGCCGCUGCCCAAACACAGAUGGCCGACGGUGGACGCCUCGUACUACGGCGGCCGGGGGCCUGGAGGGAUCAAACGCAUGGAGGUGCGCUGGGGGGAGAAAGGCUCCACAGAGGAGGGAGCACGGCUCGAGAAAGCCAAAAACGCCGUGGUCACCAUGCCGGAGGAGGAGGACGAGCCCGUCAUACGCCGACCGCCGCCCAGACCCCCUCCGGUCUACACCCCCCCUCCUCAGUCCAAAUGGUACACACCUAUCAAGAGUCGGUUUGAUGCGCUGCUGGCGCUGCUGAGGAGGCAGUACGACAGAGUGGCCAUCAUGAGACCGACCCAACACGACAAGGGUCGCUGCAUCAACUUCACCAGAGUCCAGAGGCACUGAACCACGAGCAUGGAGAGAGAGAGAGAGAGAGAGAGAGAGAGAGAGAGAGAGAGAGAGAGAGAGACAUCAGGAUUUGAGCAGAGGUAUUUCUGCGGCUGAUCUCGUGUUCAUGCGGCGUGGACGAGUAGACGAGUAGAAACUGAGCCGAAGCCAGAGACUCACAGGUCGUCUGUCUGAUGAAGAGUCGCCACUCCUGCCUUCAUCACCACACACUGGGGACAUUAAAAUGAAUUCUGGGAAAUGUAGGAAGUGUUACUGAAAUAUAUGAAGCAGUUUGAAUGAAAGUGGGUACAGCAACAUUUCAACCAAAAAAAAAAAAAACCCUCCUGGAAUGUUCUCAAUGUCACAGAUGUUGAUGGGCAUCAGGAUGAUGAUGAUGAUGAUGAUGAUGAUGAUGAUGAUGAUGAUGAUGAUGAAAUCAGACCGUGUAAAAAGCUCUUAGGAGGGAGGAUUUUUAACCAAAAUGGAAAGGAACUCCAAUGUUUUGGGAAAAAUCGCCUUUUUCUUUCCCCGACGUCCCCAGACUGAGACCAGAUGUUGGACACCAUCUUCUCCUCUGUGCGUCCAGGUAGCAUUUCCUGUUAGCUUAGCAUAAAGACUUGAAAUCUAUGGGAGUCGUUAGCCUGGCUCUGUGAAAAAGUGAAAAACUAAACCUCCCAGCAGCUCUGAGGCUGUCUGUCUGAUUUGGAUCAUGAGGAUUUGAAAUACAUGCAGGAUGUUGGGUAAAAUCUGGAUCAGUGUUAAAAAAGUGAUUUUGCCCAAAAUGUUGGAUUAUUCCUUUAAUGCACCUUUAUUUUAUUUUAUUUUAAAUUAUGUUUUGUCACUCGUUGUACAGAUUUCCAUGAUGAGACGACUAAUUUUUCUUCAACACACUACUUUUGUGCGAAACUUUGGUUUAAAUCUUCCGCGGUGCCUUCGAUAUCAGCCUUUCUCCUCUGUCUGUGCAGCUCGAUGAAUAUUAUGCAACUUUUCACAGAGUCUCUCUGGACUAAAACUACGUUUCCAAGGAGGUUCUUUAUGUUCCUUUUUUAUGCAGUGAGCAGAUGUGAAAUGUAAAAUUGUGUUUUAAGUUAACCUUCAGGCACUAAAGGGAGCUUCCACAGCUUCUAUCCUGUUUUUGGCCAAAGACGAUUGUCGAGCGCUCACAGACAAUCAUGUGUGAAUCCAC